AUGGCCUCAGCGGGCAGCUCGGCGGGCGAGCGCUCGCGCCAUGGCCCCCCGGGCACCCUCCGGCCCAGCCGCGCGUCGCGGGCCCCGGGCGCGCCCACCCCGGGGCACGCUGCCCGUCCGGCCGCGGCGCGGGGGGCGGGUGGAGGGCGCCGCGGGGCAGGUGGGCGCGAACGGAGGGGCGCCGUGGCCCGGGGCGCGGGCGAGCGCGCCGGUGCGUGCGUGUUGGAAGGAGCGAGAGCGCCCGGGGGAGGGGGGUGGGCGAGGGCGCGAGCCGGGGAAGGCGAGCGGCGGGCUUUCGUGCGCGCCUGGGCGCCCGCCCCGGGAGGGUGCCAGCGGGGGCGUCCGGCCGGCUCAAGUCCCCGGCUGCCGGGGGGGGGGAGGGGGGGGACAGGGGAGGACCCGAGCCAGGCUCCGGGCCCUUCCUCCCGCCGCUUCCCCUCCCAGACUCGGCGACGGGAGCGCCAGCCCCGGACCUUUAACCCCUUCGUCCCCGCUCCGAAGUUGCGGACCUGCCCGCGCGCUCGGUUCCGAGACCCUCCGCGCCUUCCUCCUGCGGGGAGCCGCGCCGCGAAGGGGCUCGCUCGCUGGGGUCGGGAGCAGGACCGAAGGGCGACUCGAGUGGGGGCAGCCGGGACGCUUUCGCGCCCCGCCUCCUCCCUCCCCACCUGGUUCCGUUUGGGGAAGAGAGCUGCGUUGGUUCGGGAUCUUGGCAAGAAAAGAGGCGGGGAAGGAAAUACACGUUCAUCAGUACAAGAGCAGACAAGAAGCGGGAGAACGAGGACUCGCGGAGGCGCAGGAGCAGCGCCGCGCGCCGUCGGCUCGCAAGGACAGCGCGUGCGCGUGCUCGCCGGGCGGGAGCGCGCUGACCCGGCGGAGACGCGGCCGCCGGGGAGCGGCGGCGGAUGUGCGGUCGAGGGCUGCUCCCUUUCACUUCCCCUGCUCGUUUUUUCUGAGCUGUCUUUCAAAGGCUGCCUCAGUUUCACCUCUAGUCCCUUAUCAUCAGUGCUUUUCCCCCGUCAGUAUAUGCCCUUUUCUCAAAUCCGCUUCUCCUGCCGUAAAUUUCCAGCCUUCGGUGAACUCCACCGAGGCGUGGUGUUGCUUAAAGUCCUUCCCUUUCCCGUUUCACUUGCUGAUGGCAAAAACAGGUUUUAAAGGCUGCAUUUUUGAGGAAGGAGAAAGUAACAGAAAGGCGAUUUUAAGUACUGAAGAAAAUUGAACUCCAAAUAGGGUCCUGGAGGAAAAAAAGAAAAGGAAAAAAAACCGAAAAGCACUAAAGAAAUUGAACUCCAAAUAGUGUCCU